AUGAGUUGUCCAUCCGCAACCAAUGAGACCGGGGACUGUGGCAGCGAGGCCAGCAGCCGCUCCGCAGACCCCUCCUCUAUGUCCGGACAAACUCAGCCACCCUUACCUCCUCACAGUGACACCUCCCAGCAUGAAGCCCCCCCUCCUCCACCUCUGCCUCCGCCGCCACCCCCGGGAGCACCCCCACCCCCACCGCCUCCCCCAACCGCCUCCGCCAACCACAGCCAGCGGAAGAAGCGCCGCGUACGGAGUUUCUUUUGGAAGCCCAUCCCGGAGGAGAAGGUCCGGGGGAAGCCCAACAUCUGGACCAUGGCGGUGCGGCAGCAGCAGUACCAGAUUGACGUGCGCUCGGUGGAGGAGCUGUUCGGGCAGCAGGAGGAGACGGCGGCAGAAAUAAGGGGCCCCACGCCGGCCGUUGGACGCUCAGUCCGUGUCACCCGGUCUCGCUCUUUCAAGGAGAGCAGCAAAGAUGAGAUCAGCAUCUUGGACUCUAAGAGGGGGAUGAAUGUGGGCAUUUUCCUCAAGCAAUUUAAGAAGUCCAACCUCUCCAUCGUGGAAGACAUACGACGAGGAGAAGGCAAAAUUUAUGGAGCAGAGCUGCUCAAGGACCUGCUGAGGCUCUUGCCCGACACAGAGGAGAUCAAGAAAUUACAGUCUUUUGAAGGGGAUCCCAGCAAGCUGACGCUGGUCGACUCCUUCAUGUACCUCUUGAUCCAGGUGCCACGUUUUGAGGUGCGAAUCGAGGCCAUGGUUCUCCACGAGGAGUUUUUCCCCUGCUGUGCCGUGAUGAGCCGGGAAAUAGAUAUCAUACGUUUGGCCACUACAGAGCUGAUGAACUGCGAGGAGCUCCACGCAAUCCUGCACCUGGUCCUGCAGGCUGGGAAUAUCAUGAAUGCCGGAGGCUAUGCAGGCAACGCGGUGGGAUUCAAGCUGUCAUCCCUCCUAUCCCUGGCUGACACAAAGGCCAACAAACCGGGGAUGAACCUGCUGCACUUUGUUGCACUGGAGGCGAAGAAGAAAGACGAGAAGCUGCUCAAGUUCCCGGAGAAACUGCAAGACGUCCAGAGCGCCGCCAGAAUCUCAGUGGAAAACAUUGAGAUGGAGUUUUCCUCCCUGUAUGUGAGGACCAGGUCCCUGGAGGAGAAAGUUCAAGCAGACCAGGAGCUCAAGCAGCAACUUGAUCCCUUUCUGCAGAGUGCAGCACAGACUCUUCAGGACUUGAAGAGACGCAGGCUGGAUCUGCGUAAGGAGGGAAACACUCUUAUUGAUUUCUUUUGUGAAGACAAGGACACCUUCAAGCUGGAUGAGUGCUUCCGCAUAUUUCAAGACUUCUGCAUCAAGUUCAAGAAAGCUGUUAAAGAUAACCUUGACCGUGAGCUGAAGGAGGCAGCCAGACAGCGUCGCCUGAGAGAGUUGGAGGAGAAACGGUUUGCGUGGUCCGGUGCCGACCAGGCCGGAGGUUUUGGCAGGAGUAGCAGCGAGAACGACGUGGACAUGCUCACCAAGGAGGGUCUUCUGGACUUUUUCCAGCAGAGAUCCCAAAGUCCACACAGCCCACUGGGACGCUCUUCCAGUGCCCGCCGGCACCGCCACACCAUGACCGCCAUGGCAGAGCGCGAGCUCCAAGGAUACCUGGAGUUCUUUGGUGGCAAUGGAAAUGCCGCUAACUGUUCAAAGUUUAACAGUCUACCUCGGUCUGGUCGAACUGUCCAACGGACACCCACCCCCUGGCUCUUAUCCCAGGAUGACAACCGUGAGUUGGGGCAAGACAGGCACAUGACAGCAAUGUCUCCAUGUGCAGCAACAGAACCCAUCAGCCCACUUGCCAGGUUUUCCUCCUCCGUGUUCGAUGCUAAUGAGGACCCAUAUAAUAACAACAACAAUAAUUACUCAUCGGUGUCUGAGGGCAGUGCUCUGCCUAACUCAUGUUUUGUUUUUCAAAAGACAACCCAACAAUCCAACCCGACAAUUACAGGGCACAUGAACAUUAGUGUUGAGAAGCAUACUCUAGUUCGUGGUCCUCAAGCCUUCGACCUUACUAGUCCAAACAAUAACAGUAAUCAUAUGCACUUUGUCAACAAGGGGGAUAUUGCAGUGACUGAUUUGGAAAGGGAGAGACAGUGCCCUCCAAGGAAUCUUAUUCUGGAUAACCCUUCAGAUUAUAACCUUGUCGAAAGAGAGGCCGACCUGAAGGCUGUGUGGGAAGGGAAAAUAGCUGAGCCAGCUCAGUUUGUGGCUUCGUUUAAGAAAGAGAAGGAAGAAGAAGAAGACACCAGCACAGUUUCAUCAACGACAUGUGACACGCCCCUCCCACUGGACACCUCUCUAUCCAAUAAGAAGCCAGUGUUUUACAUAUUAGACUGCACCGAAACAGACUGCUCUGUUACCUUGGAUUGCUCUGAGAUUGAGAGCUCACCUCUAAUGAAGGAGGGAUUGGUCCCUGAUUUAAAGACUGCCACCUGCGACGAGAGCCAGCAAGAUCCAAGCUCUCUGUCCUCUAAUCUGGAGUCCAUGUCGACUAAUGAUAACCCUGUUUCAGCUUCAAACAAUGCCAAUGAGCUUUCAACACCCAGAUCUAUAGAUACAGCAUCCAUGACUCCAUCUGCUAAUGAAGAAUGGGACACAGAAAGCUGUGACACUGCUGAAGGAAAACAGGUUGGGGAGAAAGGAGUACAGACAGACAGCGGUCUUAAAGCCAUGCACACCAAGAGCAAGGCUAUCAAAGCAUCCAAAGGUAACGGAAGUCGGGGUUUAAGGACACUGACAUCGAGCGAGAACCAGGGCAUGCGCAAGGUAGUGCCAAUAAGCAGGCUUACCAGGACAGGCAGUAACAAGCGAACAGAGAGGCCUUCGGGUCGUGAUGGUGGUGAGGCGCACCGACCGCUCCGUGAUCAAAGUACCCCAGCCAGAGGAAGGAGUGAGAAGACAACCAGGCCUCAUCGACACUCCAGUCUGCCUCCUGAUGAGUCCAAAGCCCAGAGUGGAAUUGGCCUUACGAAAAGCACUUCCAGAUGGUCACAUGAUUCCAUUCCACGAAAGUCCUCCUUCCGCAAGCCCAGUGCCAAACCACUGAGGAACAUCCCCAAGCCUGCACCUGAGGAGAAAAUUUGCCGCUCAACCAUGAGAGCCCUGGCCCAAGCCCAGGCUCAGACCCAAGUCCAGACUGGGGCACAAGGCCAGGCUCAGGCUCUUUCUGAGGCCAGCAGUUCGCAGACUCUUGGCCCCAAGUCUGAUGUUCCCAGCUUUGCCCGUAACACUGUAUCUUCCUCCUCUAGGACCAAGAAGGAGCUAGUUCCCCCAUCUUUCCCCCCCACCCCAUCAAGGAGCCCGUCACUCCUAGCUCGGACAGCCUCGGUGAAACAGACCAGGGUAUCAACUCCAGCUCACUCUACGGCCUCCAGUGGGCAGCACACUCAUCAUGGUGAGGAGCGACCCCAAGGGACCACCCUGCGUCGAGUACAAAGUGUGAAGGCUGCCAGUCGAAGCACCUACCGUAGUGAAACUCCUCCACCACCUAAUGCACGUGAAGAUGCUCGAACGAGCAGCAGCUUAUCUGAGAAGUCCAUCCAACCCAGAGACUUGCUGACAUCGAGCAGAAUCUCCAAGCCAAACUGGAAGUAA